AUGCUCAAACCACUUGACUUGGACAUACUGACUCUCAAAUCAAAAAGUACUGGCCUGAAAAGGCUAUUUGAACUGUUUUUACCCUUUUUCGAUUUUAAUGGAGUACUAGAGAACGGGAAAUAUACAUCCAAGGAAGGCUAUGGAAUAUCUAAAAUAAUUGAUGGAACUGAAGAUGUGUGGACUGCACGAGAUGAGAGUGAAUACGCAACCAAAGCAUUUAUAUCAUCUUCGUACAAGAAAUACGUCGUAAUUAAGUUGCUUAAUGGAGACUACGAAGUGUUUCAUAACUCCAGAAACGGCCAUGGCUGGAGAGAAAUAACUGAGGAUUGUCUGUACAUUAGUAAAAUAAGGUUAUUUGACGAAUCUGGAAACGAAGUAACUGAGCCUGAACUAUCACAUAGUUUGAUUUCAUCAGAUUUCAUAAUUAAUUUGAAUUUCAAAUGUUCUAAGAUCAAGUAUGGUACUCAUACGGUAUGGAAGUUAGCAAAUUCACAUGAUGAAUUACCACAAGCUUUGUUAGUGAGUUUGAAAUACCAACAUAUGUCACUUCUGCUUAAAAACUGUAAGAAGGUUGUAGUUUUUAUCAACUAUAACAUUGUCAAGAACGUUUUACAGUUGAAACCUGUAGAGGUGGACGGAGAUAUUGAGAUGACAACAGAAAAUAUAGUGUAUCGUGAACCUUUUAAUAAAAUUUAUGAAGCAAACCGUGGAUUGGGAAUUUGUUCUUUCAAGCUCAAUAAUGAGGUUGUUUGGAAGGCAAAGGACACGAGUGAAUAUGCAGUCAAGAUCAUCUAUUCUGAAUAUCUAACAAGUAAAAUCCUUUUAAUUUACAACAACAUCGAUUACACUGUACUUUCCAAGUCAUUUAGUGAGACUUGGCAGGAUGCAACAGUUCACAGCCGUGAUUUAUCAAAACUGAGGUUCUUCGACGACAAAAAGAACCAAUUUGACAUUUUUGACACAUUUUUUUAUUCCGAUGAGAGCAAAAUCGUAAUUUAUUUUUAUUGCAACUGUUCUCAGAUUAAUUACGGGGAUAAGGUUAUAUGGAAGAGGAAGAUGUUUCAAAAAUACCCUCUUGACAUAUCAAUUGACUUAAUGGACAACAUUGUAGAUUUUCAUUUCAAAAACGGAAUUAAUAAAUACUAUUUCACGGAUGAUGGUCUCGGUCGCUUUGUACUAGAUAAGACCGAGUCCCGUUGCUAG